UCGCUGUCUUUCCUUUUCCCUAUGCUUCCACAUUCCAGAGAAUUCAACACAAGUUUAGAUUUUCCUAUGGACUGAAGAAAAGAAUAGAAAAAAGAAGAAGACAAAUUAAACUCUGAGAUCCAAUCUAAGUAAUAGCUAUCUAUCAGGCUAAAACCCAGGCCAAGUGUGGUUGAUUGAAUCAGUUUGUUUUCCCAUUUUGGAUUUUCAAUGGAUGUUUCUUCGUCGUCGUCGUCGUCAAGUCAUGCUGAAUUCGAUUACUUGUUCAAGCUUCUGCUUAUUGGGGAUUCUGGGGUUGGCAAAAGCACGCUGCUUUUGAGCUUCACCUCUGAUACUUUCGAGGAUCUUUCUCCCACCAUAGGUGUAGAUUUCAAAGUUAAAUAUGUUACAGUUGGCGGGAAAAAGUUAAAACUUGCUAUUUGGGACACAGCUGGACAGGAAAGGUUUAGAACACUUACUAGUUCAUACUAUAGAGGAGCUCAAGGAAUAAUUAUGGUAUAUGAUGUGACACGGCGGGAAACCUUUACAAAUCUGUCUGAUAUAUGGAGUAAAGAAAUUGACUUGUACUCAACAAAUCAAGAUUGCAUCAAGAUGCUUGUAGGAAACAAAGUUGAUAAGGAAACUGAAAGGGUUGUCAGCAAAAAGGAAGGGAUAAACUUUGCAAGGGAGUAUGGAUGUCUUUAUACUGAAUGCAGUGCGAAAACCCGAGUCAAUGUUGAGCAGUGUUUUGAGGAACUUGUAAUGAAGAUUUUGGAGACACCAAGCCUCUUGGCUGAGGGCUCAUCUGGGGUGAAAAAGAACAUCUUCAAGCAGAAACCCCCACAGUCUGAUGCAUCAACUAGUGGCUGUUGCUCAUGGUGAUUGUAAUGUUUUAAGAUUGGCUUUCACCUUCCACUUUUCAGUAUGAUCUGGAUUUCAAGUGCGCUAAAAUUUCAUUAGAUGUACCAAAAAGUAAUGUCAUUAGAGCCUGUAUAUCUAGCAUUAAAUGGUCGAUUAUCUCAAGAAUUUGCCUACCUUUUAAAGAUCUUCAUUUUAUUGGGUGUGAGCAAGUAAUCAGCUGGGGAUUUCAUAUUUCAUACUGCCCUUGCAUUCCUCUAAAGAAAGGCUUUUGUGUAUAUUUAUGCUCUGAUGUUUUAACAUGAUCAU